AGCAUGCAGCUAGUUUCCAGGCGCAGGUUGGACUUUUGCGGGUCAAGGCAGACCAGACAAGUAGCUUAUCUUGAGGGACGCAAGUAAUAGACCAAAUAUAGAGCAGCUAUUUCAGGAAUCAUGUAGGUCAUUUAAUUAUCCAUUAUGAUUGAGUGGCUAAUGCUCUUUUGGCAAUUACAUGACCUCUGUUAUUCUUGAAACCUUUCCAGGCCCUCGUGGGUCGAAUGACCCACCAGUCAGUGCUCUCAGACUUCAUUCCACGGAGAAGAAAAGGAGAUGCUGGGAAGCACUGGCAUUUAGAAAUGACUGCUCUCUUUACUGACCACUCCCCAGAAUGUCCUUUGUACAGCAGGCAGUGAGAGGCAACUGGUUUUGAAACCAACUGUUUCUUCAUUGUCUGCAGAAGCAAGGAAUAGUCAUUGAUUUUUCACAGAGGGAAUUUUGGCAGGACACACUGAUGCCAAGAAAUUGAAUAUUACAGAUUUCAAAGCUUUCUGCUAUAACAUUAAAAUUAGUGUUUUAUAUAUGUGAGACUCUAUAGUAAGCAAAGCAGUUUUUACAUUUUAAUUCCAUAAAAUGACAAAAUACUGUGUGAUACCUUAUACUAGUUUUUACUGAAAAGAUUAUUGAUUAAAACUACCCUAACUUAAAUUUUGGUAAGAAAAAAUAGCAUUAAAUUGAAUGGCCAAAGAGCUAGACUGGGCCAAGUUUUUCAGCCUUAGAAACCAGACAUUUAUAAAAUCCAGAGAAGGGAAGAGUUUGUAAUUGUAAGGAAUAUGUGCUCGGUGGAAAAACUCACUGGAAAGCAAUAAUAGAAUAUUUUUCAAUAAUAAAGGAAGGAAGAGAAUGAUCAAAUAUGGCUAAGUUCCUAAUAACAUUAUCAGAAUUACCCAUCUCUGUCUUCUUUCUGGCAGCUACUUAUCUAGUUGGGCUUGUUGUUUUUAUUUUUGUCCCAGAAUGAUGAUGGUCAGAACUAUAAUAUUCAGGAAUGUUAAAUUAAUGUUUCCUCACUUAUUUUUUAAUCAACAAAGGAUUAUUAAUAUUUCCAAAGAAAAUUAUUUAUUUUUACUAAGUGACAGGAAAUAAUUUUAUAAAAAUAAUCUAGGUUUAUGGUUGUACAUCUAGAAAACAGAGACUGUGUUAAAUAGUAUUAGUGUAACUAAGUUGUAGAAUGUCAGAAAUGUAAACAACAUGGUGUAUAGUCGGAGAAUGGACGAUUAGAAAGCAUGUGACUAUUCUCCAGCAUUACAACAACUGAAGACUACAGACAUGCAAACAACAUGCAAACAUAUCCUUUUAAGUUGUCUUCUUUUAAAUAGGAAGGAUUUCUACUGUUAAAUUCUUCCGUUGGAGAAGACGACUUUUGAAAUCUGUUAAUUGUCAAAGCGCGUUGUAUUAAACAAAGACACAAACAGGAUUACUCAUUCCUAGGAAAGUAAAAUUACUUCAUCGUUACAAAGAAAUAUACUUGAGUACUCUACUGAUAGAACUCCAAGUUGGGGGUUGGUUUUAUUUUCAUUUUGUUUGAUAACGUUAGCUUUAACAUUCAAACAAGUCAGUUGUCGGUGUGUAUAACCUUUGGCCUGUCCAGAAAAGAAAUCUCCUUCACUUAAAUUUUAAUUCCUAGUCCAGUUCUCCCUCCAUGUUAAGCUACUCAGAAACCUGACAAUCCAGGAGGUGUUGUUAUGUUAGCUGCUUUCCUUUUAAAAACAUAAUCCACCCCUUUCUAUAAUAGAUGUUAUCAAAAAAUGAGAAAGCAAGGUUUACAGUAAAAACAAAGGUUAAAAAAGAUCAAGGUCAAGUAUAUGAAUAUAGUUAGCAUACUUAGCAUUUUAAGAAAAAGCAGAGAGUAUAAAGUGUGGUACGUACAAGCUGCCUCUUCUUCUUCUGCCUCUUCUUCUUUUUUUUUUUUUUUUUUUGAAACAUGCCUCUGUUCUUUAAAACAUACAUUUAAAGAGCUAUGCAGGACCAAAUAUUUACAAGAACCAGUGAGAAGGACAGUUUGUAAUUGUAAGAAAUAUUUGAUAAAAUAGUUAAUUUUACAGGGUAAUAAGAAUAGAACAACUUGUUAAUAAUAAAGGAAGUAAGAGAAUGGUCAAAUAUAGUCAACUUUAUAAUUAUAAAUUCCAAACCCAGAACACAAAACAGUCUGUGUUGUUUGUUUUGUAUUGUUCUGUUAUUACUUAUUUAGUUAGGGUGUUUUUAUUUUUGUUCCAAAUUGGUAAUCACUUGGAGGAAAUUAACAAGUUGAUCAAAUCUUAAAUUUUUUUGAAGAUACUGUUGAAGUGUAAGUAACAUCUAAGCAAGGAAGAUACCCAAGGUGAGGAAAAGAAUUUAAAAGAACCCAGAGAACAUACGAGGAACGAGCAUGCCAGAGGUCUCAGUUCACUGGGGUCUGGGCGGAUGGCCCAAAGGCUCUCUAGUUGCUGGCCUUAUUUUGAGAAAGAAGAAAGAUCUAUACAAUGUGCAUAGAUACCUUUGAGUUAUAAACUAACCAGUUAUUCAUAGGCGAGGCAAAAGUUCACCUCUUACUCACAUGCAGAUAACUGUGAUGAUCUCUGUAGAAGAUAGUAUAUAAAAAUGACAUCAAGGAAAACUGUGGCAUACAUGAAAUUCUCCCCAGUACAUAUUCAGGAGGGAUAGUAUCGUGAAGAGGGCAAAAAGACUCUUCAAUUGCUUUUAAACUUAAAAGUUUGUGCAGAAGUAAAUCAAACUCCUUGCGGUUUGGUCCCAUGGUAGAUGUGCUUGGCCUUUUAUUUCAGUCUUUCAAUCCUACAUUCGCUUGGCAAAUGUAUCUUAGUUUACUGUGCUCAUUUAGCCUUAUGGGUUGAUUUUUGGUUUCCUUUUUUGAGGUGGGGAGGUUGUUUUGGGGUUUUGUUUUGUUUUGUUUUGUUUUGUUUGGGAGACAGGUAGUCCUGGCAGUCCUGGAACUCAGAGGUCUGCCUGCCUCUGUCUCCCAGAGUGCUGGCACUAAAGGUGUGUACCACCACCACCCAGCUGUUUUUGUUUUUUAAACCAUGAAAUAUAUGUAUGAAAAUAUUUUUUAAAGGAAUAUUAGUUCUGGUCUGACACACAGGGGUCUAUUUUGUUGUUCUAUUUCAGUUUGAAAUUUUAAGCCAUGUUAUUAGAGUUCGGUGACUGCAUUGUCAUGUUCAGGUGAAUAAAAUAAUUUUAAAACUUCACAGCCUACAGAUCUAAAUGGGUAAGGAAUAAAGUAUGGUUUGAUUUUUCAAUUAAGUCUUUAGAGCCCAGAAACUUAGUUUUGUGUUUACAUAGACUGUUAUUCUGGUGUAGAACAUGUUAAGUUAAUUAAAAAUUCUUAUAUAUACUUAGAGUCAUUGCUAAGUUGAUGUUCAAAUCUUUGAUUAAGAAGACACAAAGCUAAAUAUGUUCAGACAGCUGUCAUCUCUCCUCUUCAGAAAAUAGAGAUAACUGUUUUAGCUGUUUUGGGGAAUGGUCCCUAUAUUGAUUGCUGCAAAUUUGUUUUUCUCUUAUAUCUAUGCUUUAAUGAUAAAAUACUAUUGUCUUGAUUAUGAUGCUUGUUGACUUGAAAGUGAACAAAAGCAACAUUGGCGCCUCUUCUCUUGUCUCCCCCGGAACAGCUCCUCUCUGUCUUUAUCAGAGCAUCUCAGUGCUGAGCUGAGCUUGUUUAUCUUAGAAGAGCAGGAGGCAGGCUUUUAGGGAGUAAGCUGCAUGUUCCAGAAUAACAGGCACCAAUGCUGUUUGGCUUGAAGAACAUUUGAUCUCUUACAUUAACAGCCCAUGUCACUGUAAUAGCGAGUACAGUCAGGCUGUUCAGUUUUCUAUUAUUUUAGCUUUGAAAUAACCGUUAGUGCUGCUCCAAACUCCCUGUGUAUAAAACUGUACACUGGCUGUCCCCCAGGACUCGUGAGUAAACAAGAAUUCCUCAGAGAGAGAAGACUGUAAUAAUGGCGAACCCCCUAGGAAGAUAAUACCAGAGAAGAAUUCACUUAGACAGACUUACAACAGCUGUGCCAGGCUUUGCAUAAACCAAGAGACAGUAUGUCUAACAAGCACUGCUAUGAAGACUGAAAAUUGUGUGGCCAAAGCCAAACUUGCCAAUGGCACUUCCAGCAUGAUUGUGCCCAAGCAGCGGAAACUCUCAGCAAGCUAUGAGAAGGAAAAGGAGCUGUGUGUCAAGUAUUUUGAGCAGUGGUCAGAGUCUGAUCAAGUGGAAUUUGUAGAACACCUUAUAUCCCAAAUGUGUCACUACCAGCAUGGGCACAUCAACUCCUACCUAAAACCUAUGCUGCAGAGGGAUUUCAUAACUGCACUGCCAGCACGGGGUCUGGACCACAUCGCUGAGAACAUUCUGUCAUACUUGGACGCCAAGUCACUGUGUGCUGCUGAGCUCGUGUGCAAGGAAUGGUACCGCGUGACGUCGGACGGCAUGCUGUGGAAAAAGCUCAUCGAGAGGAUGGUCAGGACGGACUCUCUGUGGCGAGGCCUGGCAGAGCGCAGAGGCUGGGGACAGUACUUAUUCAAAAACAAACCUCCUGAUGAGAACGCUCCUCCCAACUCCUUUUAUAGAGCGCUUUAUCCUAAAAUCAUACAAGACAUUGAGACAAUAGAGUCCAAUUGGAGAUGUGGGCGACAUAGUUUACAGAGAAUCCACUGCCGGAGUGAAACAAGUAAAGGGGUUUACUGUUUACAGUACGACGACCAGAAGAUAGUCAGCGGCCUUCGAGACAACACCAUCAAGAUCUGGGAUAAAAGCACACUGGAAUGCAAGCGGAUUCUCACGGGCCACACGGGCUCCGUCCUGUGUCUGCAGUACGAUGAGAGGGUGAUCAUCACAGGCUCCUCAGACUCCACCGUCAGAGUGUGGGAUGUAAAUGCAGGUGAGAUGCUAAACACAUUGAUUCACCACUGUGAAGCCGUUCUGCACCUGCGCUUCAAUAAUGGCAUGAUGGUGACCUGUUCCAAAGACCGUUCCAUCGCUGUGUGGGAUAUGGCUUCCCCAACUGACAUCACCCUCAGGAGGGUGCUGGUGGGACACCGAGCUGCGGUCAAUGUUGUAGACUUUGAUGACAAGUACAUCGUUUCUGCCUCUGGAGAUAGAACCAUAAAGGUGUGGAACACAAGUACCUGUGAAUUCGUAAGGACCCUAAAUGGGCACAAGCGUGGCAUCGCCUGUUUGCAGUACAGAGACAGGCUGGUGGUGAGCGGCUCCUCUGACAACACCAUCAGGCUGUGGGACAUAGAGUGUGGAGCAUGCCUGCGAGUGUUGGAGGGCCAUGAGGAGUUGGUACGCUGCAUUCGAUUUGAUAACAAAAGGAUAGUGAGCGGAGCCUAUGAUGGGAAAAUUAAAGUGUGGGAUCUUAUGGCUGCUUUGGACCCGCGUGCUCCAGCAGGGACUCUCUGUCUGCGGACACUUGUGGAGCAUUCUGGAAGAGUUUUCCGCCUCCAGUUUGAUGAAUUCCAGAUUGUCAGUAGUUCACAUGAUGACACAAUUCUCAUCUGGGACUUCCUGAAUGAUCCAGCUGCUCACGCUGAACCGCCCCGCUCCCCUUCUCGGACAUACACCUACAUCUCCAGAUAAAUAACCCAACACUGGCCUCAUAAUUGCCCAGGACUCGUUAAUGUUGCAGUAUUUAACAGACCUGCCAAGACCAGGAUGAACAACAAUCAAACUCCUACCCGGAUUCCCGGACGGAUGAGCGAGGAGCAGGGCUUUGAGACUCCUGUUGGGACACAGUCGGUCAGCAGCCGACCAGGACGGCCUGCUCGGCACCGGCUGCCUCAGUGCUGCUAUCAGAAGAUGUCUUUAUCUUGUGUGAAUGAUUGGAACUUCCAAGCCUCCCUCCCCUUCCCUUCCCCUUCCUCCCUGCACCUGUUUCCCUCCCAUUGGGUUCCAGACAAAGAUGACUUAUAAAUAUAUUUAGUGUUUUGCCAGAAUCUCUCUUGCUUUGCCGUUAAGCAGAAGAACUAGUUUCCCCACCUGGCCCACUUCUAGGGGACAGGGGCUGCAGCUUCCAGGCAGAGACUGCCUGGCCUCCUCCUGUUAACUGCAGGAGUGUCCAGCAUCUGGCCAGAGCAGUCCCAGCCACUGCGUGGGAGGAGACAGCUGCCUACACAUCUUGGAGGGGAGAGAGAGAGAGAGAGAGAGGAGAGGCGCACACACACUGGAAGAUCUGCACUGCUGCCUCCCUCCAUUGUCUGGGUGUCUGUCCCUCUUCCCUGCUCCCAUACUCCAUCUUGAGCCUGAGAAGGUGUGCAAAGAGAGUCCUCAGCUAGCAUGAGGCGGAUCACCUAGACAAUGUGACACUUGCAAGAGUUGAGUUCGUCCUUAUUUCCAGCCCAGGCUUUUGCUGCAAGUGACCAACCUGGGGCACCAGUGGAUUUGUGACCAUGACAUUGGUCAGUCACAUUUGCAGCUUUCUCCUUCCCUGUGCCCUGGGGAAGGGCAGGAAUGUCCUGGGCACCAUCAGUGCUGUGUCUGCUUCGGACUCAGCGGUCUUCCUCGGUCCCAUGUAGAGUGGAGAGGAGCUGCUGAUUGCAUUCCUCUCAUUAACAAUUAGAUGUGUAAUAAAAAGCAUUGUGCUUCAUCUUAAAUCACUGGCGAGGCUUGGCCUGCACAAAGGCUUGGAAUAGCCAGCACCAGGCACCACUGCACUCUGCUCUGUGGCUCGAAUUUGUUCCUCGACUGAGCUGGAAAGCACCCAGGGACCUGUAACUGCCCACCAAGAGCAUAGUAGCCUAAGAGAUGGUCAGGAGAGAAACAGAUUCUGGGUUAGGCCAGUAAAUGUCAGCAUCUCAGCCUUCCACUGCAGGUCCUUAUGCCGAGUGCUUGCAGAAAGGCGAGGCUGCCAGAGGGGAUCAGGGUGAAGCUUGGCACACAGGGUUUACUGAUAAGCAAAAGCUGCCUUCUCUUUCUUUCCUUCUCCCAGCCUUAUUUGCUGUCCACUUUCCCCAGCCAGUUAGCUGGCAGUCAGUGAUGACAUAAGCGGCUGCACUUCCACAAGGGCAGAGCUAAGCAGGUCGUGUACACGGCUGCACUGGGCCCCUGCCAGUAGGCUCCAGAUGCAGACACUCAUGGCCAAACCUGGAAGUACUUGAACUGAAAACCAACUUAGUUACCCCACAGCAUGCACAGGGCCUGCCAAGGGGUGACUUAGGCCACAGUGCAGCCUCGGUUUCACUUGGAAGCCAAGCAGUCAGACUGUCAUGCUGUUCCUAACCGUGCAUUUGAGUUGAAGAAAACCAACUGAACAAGCUGCUUAAAAUAGAACGGGGCCCAUCACAUGUGGUCACAGACAGACCACCUUCACCUGAGCAGGAAGUGGGGCCCUUUCACAACUGGCCCUCAGAUAGACCACCUUCACUUCACUGGUUUGCAAGUUACCCCUUGCCCAACGUGUCCCACUAGUGAAUGCCAUUACGUGCUGGGUCAGGUCACGUGUACAGAUUGCCUUCCCUGUGUUAGCCGCAUUUCUCCUUUCCCAACCAACCACGUGUUGCAGACUUGUCUGGUUAACCCCGCCGAGUCCCUUGUCUGUUAUGUUGACUGUUAAUAGUGAAGGACUUUGCUGCAAAACGGGUCAGACAUGAAGAGACCUAAGCUGCUUCAAGAAAUGGUCUAGUGGCCACAAGUCUACCAGCCCUUCUUCAGUUCCAUGCUGCUUUAAGAAGUUAGGAGCUGGAGGACAUCUGCCUAGCGUGGAUGCCCAGGAUUAGGGGGCAGUGUGGGCACUGCUGCAGACUGGUUGGUGCCAGGGCUGUGCUCUCCUCCCAGGUUCAGCUGGAGGGUGCUGUUCUGAAGCCAGCCGGGAAGUGUGGCUGCCCGUUGUCUCAGGCUGGGGUGGACGCUGCUCACUGAAGCCCAUAGAGUGGUUAAGCUCUUUCUGCAGCUUGCCCUCGCCACUGCUGAUGGAAAUGGGAACAAAGUUAAGUGGUCUGAGCACCUGAAUUGCUCGCAUUUCUCAGCUCUGGGGGUCAUUUACCAGUUCAUUGUAGAAGAAACAAUCAGGUAAGAAGUUCAUUUCCAGAGAAGGUGAACCCCGCUUACCAUCUCUGCAUGAUUUCAGUGGGAAUUGAUUAUCACUGAUCCCCAACUGGGCGAGAUGUAAAGUUUGACCUUUUUAAAAAGAAAAGAGAAACAAAGAACAUCUCCACACAUUUAAAGGAAUAGUAGACAAGAAGCUUCGGGUGUCCUGUGGCUCGGAGACGAGAGGAGAGUCUCGGGUCAGGCUUGGUUUUUUGUUUGUUUGUUUUGUUUUGUUUUAACUAAAAUCUACUUUCCAAAAUAAAGGCUGCAAGACCUUCCCUACUGACAGGCUGAGGUCCUUAGGCAGCUGAGUAAAGUGCACAGGGUGCCUGCUGGAGAGCAUGGCUUCUGUCACACUGACAGUGUCUGGACAAGGCCAACCCAUGCCUUGCUGCUCAUGUGGGAGAGGGAGAGAGAGGGAGAGAGAGAGAGAGAGAGAACGCGCGCUGUUUUGCCUCUGCUGCUAGGGAUGUCCUUUCCUUUGAAGUAUAGUUAGAAAGUGGGUGUGAAUUAUGGAUGGAAAGCCUUUUACACUUGUCCCUUGGCUAAAUUCUUUCUGAUUUGUCCUAACUUUAGAGACAGAAACUGUUUGGAACUCUGUUGACAAGUAAUAAAGUCUGGCUCUCAGUAGCUUGUUUUGGAACUGAAAAUGACAUCGAGGCUCCUAAAUCAUUCUGUAAGGGGAAAAAAAAAAAUUUUUUUUAACAAUCCAAAGCUGCAGAGAAGGCUGUGUGCAUCCAUCCAGUCCCUUGCCUUGCCUUGCCUUGCCUUGCCUUGCCUUGCCUUGCCUUGCCUUGCCUUGCCUUGCCUUGCCUUGCCUUGCCUUGCCUUGCCUUGCCUUGCCGGCUCCUGGUCUGAGUGGCUGAGGUUGAUCUGCUUGCUUAGCAGUUGUCCAGAGUGGAGAAUACUGAAAGUAAUUAGGGCUGUGGUGGUGUUAAUUGUCUUAGCAUCUUCCCUUUGAGCUAAAUUGUGAUACCUUCCUGUCCUGAAUCUGAAGGAAGGAGGCCCACUCAGAUUAGUGCAGGCCUGCGGGCUAGGUGUGUUCUGAAGGAUGCCUUCAGGUGGAGAUGAAGCAUGCAGGUACCCAGCCCUGUGGCUGCACCCUUUGGUGAUGGCCAGUUUACAGUGGAACUGCAGGCCACACUAAUCUCUAUCCCCGUUUGGUUACACUCAGCAGUUUCGAAUGCACCAGAGACCUCCAAUAGGGUCAAUCCUAGACUCACGCACAUGACCUGUGGCAGUGUAGAGCCCACGUAACCACAGUGAGUGCAGUCAGUACGAGAGGGAGCCAUCCCCGGAAUAAAGGUGAGCUUUGCUGCUGGCUGUCUUGAAGCGUUAGUUCACGGAGGAUAUCAGAAUCCUUAAAGCCAAGGAGAGAGACCAAAGCAGGGAGACAGUGGCUACUGGCUUGCGGGAGGGAUGGACUGCGCUGCCGCCCAGGACCCUCCAUGGCUAGCAACCCUGUCUCAAAACAAACGACACUGGCCCAGUGCCUGUGGCCUAAAAUUCCCAGAGACAGUUGACUUCCCAAACACUCGCUUCUCUACAAACUCAGUUAUCUGACUUAGCUUCUAAGUAGGAGGGUGGGGAUGGUAUGUGUCCCUCAGACAUUUAAGGAAAGGUCCAAUAGGUUCGAUCUCUGGGUAUCAAGGAAACCGAUACCUUCCCAAAGCGGUGACCCUUAAACCCUAGCAAACUGACUGAGGGUGUUCAGUGGACGCCAGCAUGGGAACAGGCCUGGCAACAAGUGUGAGCCAGGGCUUUUGCUUGUUCGCUUUUUGUUUUCUAGAUUCUCCAGUGCUGACCGCUUUAAUUUUUGUGAUUAUGUUGUAGUGGUGUGUAGUCAAUGUACCAAUAUGUUCACAAGUUAGGAUGAUGGUAAUAGUGUGUUUUGGUUUUUUAACUGUUUGGGGAAAAAAAGUAAAUUACAAAUACAAGAUUAAAGCGAA